UAUUCAUACAAAUUCAUCAGACACGAGAGGUAUUUUGUGGGAAGAAAAAAAUAUCAGAAAGCUAUCGAAAGGUCAACUGGCAGGGAAGUCUUGCUAGCGAUGAUGUAAGAGUUUUCCUUUUGCGUCUCAGAUAUGCACAAGGUUCGGCCUGCGACGUGGACAUCUGGAUUUAAUGCGUACACCGUAGAUGUGCAUUUGCAGAUUGCGGAAGUAAUUCCACCCAACCUUACCUGCAAAAUGGCAAGAAUUUACGCGUGGCCAGUUUUACGCAUAUGCGCGAUGAUACACAUCAGUCUUGGGUUUAGUCAGAGCUGGGGUGAAUAUAUGACAUCACGUGACUUAGAAACACAUCAUGGGGCCUUUUCGUAUGCGCGUACAGGUAGACUCUAG